ACGUGCGAGGGGACGCACGUUUUAAUUAACGUCAGCAGUAGGCACCGUCGGCCCUUUCCGCUCCGUCCUGGGAGGCAUGCGCAGUGGGAGCAGCGGCAGCGUAUGUGUGUGGGCUAGAUGGGUUUGAAAUGGCUCCAGUGAGGCCCAGCCUGGCCUGGCUCGGCUCAGAUCACAGUUAUAGAAGAUAAAACACUGAGGAUUUUGCCUUCCAUCAUGGCUCAGUUUGGAGGACAGAAGAAUCCCCCAUGGGCUACUCAGUUUACAGCCACUGCAGUAUCUCAGCCAGCUGCUCUUGGUGUUCAGCAGCCAUCAUUGCUUGGAGCCUCUCCUACAAUAUAUACCCAGCAAACAGCAUUGGCGGCAGCAGGCCUCACUACACAAACGCCAACCAACUAUCAGCUAACUCAAACAGCUGCUUUGCAGCAACAAGCUGCAGCUGCAGCUGCUGCAUUACAGCAGCAAUAUUCACAACCUCAGCAGACGCUCUAUAGUGUACAACAACAGUUGCAGCAACCUCAGCAGACCCUUUUAACCCAGCCAACUGUUGCACUGCCUACUAGCCUGAGCCUAUCUACUCCUCAACCAGCAGCACAGAUAACUGUUUCCUAUCCAACACCGCGGUCAAGUCAGCAGCAAACUCAACCACAGAAGCAGCGUGUCUUCACAGGGGUAGUUACAAAACUACAUGACACAUUUGGCUUUGUGGAUGAGGAUGUCUUUUUUCAGCUCAGUGCUGUUAAAGGGAAGACGCCUCAAGUAGGAGAUAGAGUAUUGGUAGAAGCUACUUAUAACCCCAAUAUGCCUUUCAAAUGGAAUGCACAGAGGAUUCAAACGCUUCCAAAUCAGAACCAGACUCAAACCCAGCCUUUGCUCAAGACACCUCCAACUGUACUUCAGCCUAUUGCACAGCAAACUGCAUUCAGCGUUCAGGCACAGCCACAACCACAGUCUCUGUUGCAGGCACAAAUAUCAGCAGCUUCUAUUACACCUUUGCUUCAGACACAGCCUCAGCCUUUACUACAACAGCCACAACAGAAAGCUGGUUUAUUACAGCCCCCUGUCCGUAUAGUUUCACAGCCUCAACCAGCACGAAGACUAGACCCUCCAUCCAGAUUUUCAGGGAGGAAUGACAGAGGUGACCCUAUGCCUAACAGAAAAGAUGACAGAAGUCGUGAAAGAGAACGAGAGAGACGUAGGUCACGGGAGAGGUCACCCCAGAGAAAACGCUCCAGAGAGAGAUCGCCUCGGCGAGAGAGGGAAAGGUCACCUCGAAGACCACGGCGUGUUGUUCCACGUUACACAGUUCAGUUUUCCAAGUUUUCGUUAGACUGCCCUAAUUGUGAUAUGAUGGAACUGAGACGACGUUAUCAAAAUUUGUACAUCCCUAGUGACUUUUUUGAUGCUCAGUUUACAUGGGUGGAUGCUUUCCCUAUGUCAAGACCAUUUCAGUUGGGAAACUACUGCAAUUUCUAUGUAAUGCACAGAGAAGUAGAUCCUUUAGAUAAAAACACUGCUGUCCUUGAUCCACCAGAUGCUGAUCACCUAUACAGCGCAAAGGUUAUGCUGAUGGCUAGUCCUAGUAUGGAAGAUCUUUAUCAUAAAUCAUGUGCCCUUGCUGAAGAUCCACAAGAACUUCGUGAUGGAUUUCAACAUCCUGCUAGACUUGUCAAGUUUUUAGUGGGUAUGAAAGGCAAAGAUGAAGCUAUGGCUAUUGGAGGACACUGGUCCCCAUCACUGGAUGGACCUGAUCCAGAAAAGGACCCCUCUGUGCUGAUUAAGACUGCUAUCCGUUGUUGCAAGGCUCUAACAGGCAUUGACUUAAGUGUGUGCACGCAAUGGUACCGUUUUGCAGAGAUUCGCUACCAUCGCCCUGAGGAGACCCACAAGGGGCGUACAGUUCCAGCUCAUGUGGAGACAGUGGUUUUAUUUUUCCCGGAUGUUUGGCAUUGCCUUCCCACCCGCUCAGAGUGGGAAACCCUCUCCCGAGGAUACAAGCAGCAGCUGGUCGAGAAGCUUCAGGGUGAACGCAAGGAGGCUGAUGGAGAACAGGAUGAAGAGGAAAAGGAUGAUGGGGAAGCUAAAGAGAUCUCUACUCCUACCCACUGGUCUAAACUGGAUCCAAAAACAAUGAAGGUAAAUGAUCUUCGCAAGGAAUUAGAAAGUCGUACUCUUAGCUCUAAAGGACUAAAAUCCCAACUUAUAGCCCGACUGACAAAGCAACUGAAAGUAGAAGAACAAAAAGAAGAACAGAAGGAGUUAGAGAAAUCUGAAAAAGAGGAUGAGGAGGAGGAGGAUAGGAAAUCUGAAGAUGACAAAGAGGAAGAAGAGAGGAAACGUCAGGAAGAAAUGGAGCGUCAACGACGAGAGAGACGAUACAUCUUGCCUGAUGAACCAGCAAUCAUUGUACAUCCUAACUGGGCAGCAAAAAGUGGAAAAUUUGAUUGUAGUAUUAUGUCUCUUAGUGUUCUUCUGGAUUACAGGUUGGAGGAUAACAAAGAGCAUUCUUUUGAGGUUUCAUUGUUUGCAGAACUAUUCAAUGAAAUGCUUCAAAGGGAUUUUGGUGUCAGAAUCUACAAAGCACUGAUAUCCCUUCCAGAGAGAGAGGACAAAAAAGAUAAAAAGAGCAAAAAAGAGGAGAGAAAAGAUAAAAAGGAAGAAAAAGAUGACGAAAAUGAUGAUCCAAAACCUAAGAGGAGAAAAUCUGGAGAUGAUAAAGAUAAGAAGGAAGAUAAAGAAGAGAGGAAGGCAUUUUCAUUACAGAGGGAAGAUAAAAGGAAAGAUGAUAGUAAAGAUGAAGAAGAAACUGAAGAUGACAAUAAUCAGGAAGAGUAUGAUCCAAUGGAAGCAGAAGAUGCUGAAGAUGAGGAUGAUGACCGGGAUGAUGAGGAAAUGAACAAGCGAGAUGAUAGAAGAGAGGGAAACCGACACUGCAAAGAGAGAUCUUCUAAAGAUAAAGAGAAAGAUAAGACACAGAUGAUUACAGUUAACAGGGAUCUUCUGAUGGCUUUCGUUUAUUUUGAUCAAAGUCAUUGUGGAUACCUUCUUGAAAAGGACAUGGAGGAGAUACUGUAUACACUUGGACUACAUCUUUCACGUGCUCAGGUUAAGAAACUACUUAAUAAGGUAGUACUUCGAGAAUCUUGCUUUUACAGAAGAUUAACUGAUACCUCAAAAGAUGAAGAAAAUCAGGAAGAGUCUGAAGCCCUGCAGGAAGAUAUGUUAGGAAACAGAUUGCUGCUACCAUCCCCUACUAUAAAACAAGAAUCUAAGAGCACAGAAGAAAAUGUUGGUCUAAUUGUGUACAAUGGAGCUAUGGUGGAUGUAGGGAGCCUGUUGCAGAAACUAGAGAAGAGUGAAAGAGUGCGGGCUGAAAUAGAACAAAAACUUCAGUUGCUGGAAGAGAAAACAGAUGAAGAUGAAAAGACCAUAUUACAUUUGGAGAACUCUAACAAAAGCCUGUCUGGAGAGCUUAAAGAAGUAAAAAAAGACCUAAACCAACUACAAGAGAAUUUGAAGACAUCAGAAGAUACCAAUUUGCAAUUUGAGGGGCAGCUGAAUAAGACAAUCAAAAAUUUAGCCACAGUUAUGGAUGAAAUACACAGCGUUCUUAAAAAGGAUAUUGUAAAGAACGAAGAUAAAGAUCAAAAAUCCAAAGAAAAUGGAGCAAAUGUAUGAUAAAACUGCUUCUGUUUAGAAGAAAGGUGUUACAUAAUGUAAUCUAAAUCAUGAUAUCAGUGCGUAUGGAAGUGAUGCAUGUUUGAUUUUUUUUUAAGUAGUAUAAAUUUCUUAGUUCUAAAAAGAUGUAUAAAGUUUUAUGAAUGUGAGUCAGCUUCUGAAGAUUGCUUGUAAUUCAUAGCAUUCAAUUUAUUUAGACACUCCUUGAGAGAAAAUAAUUUUGCAUUGCAAAAUGUUUUAGGAUGAACUUUGUUAUAGUUUUAACCCUAAUAAAGUUCAUCAACUUAAUGGACAGUAGCAAGUAUUUAAUUACCAUAUGGUUUUUCAUUAAAGUCUAGUGAAAUCAAAAUGUUCAUUAUUUAUAGAAUUGCCAUUUUUAUGGUUUUAUUUUUUUGUCUAAUUAGUCUUUUUAAAUUCAAAUAUAAAUCAUACAAUAGCAUGCGGCUUAAUUUUGCAAGUAAAGAUUUUUUUUAAAUGCUUGAAUUUUUUUACGUCAUAACUUUUUUCCCUUCCAAUUGUAAUUUUCUCCCUCAAGGCUCUCCUAUUAAAAGCCUCACAAUAUAUAGUAGUUCAGAUGAAUUAAGAAAGCAAUAGAAACCCUCUACAGUGUUGGUAGGGCUGUGGGAUUUAUAUGAAAAUAUACAGGUCUGUUUUAAUGUACGUCAUUUGUGUUCCUUUAACUGUUCUUAUUUCUGGAUUGAUAUAUAUGCUACUUUUUAAAUAACAGAUGCGGUGUAUUAAAAUGUAUGGUUGGAUACCAGGCCAGUGGAUGUCAUAUAAUUACUUUACCUGGAGAAAAUGCUACCAUUUUCAGUUCUCUCUUUUAAUUGAAUUUGACUUCUUUCAUAGCUUGUGUAAUUCCUUCUAAGAUUGAAACAGCCCUCCAGAAGAAUAUUAAAUUAUAAGGGGCAGGACAGUGUUUGGUGUGUGCGCGCGUGUGUGUGUGCGCGUGUGUGAAUAAAUUACCAGGGAUCUAAAUUAAAAGUUGACUUGGCAUCUUUGUCAAUGGCAACAUAUCAAAUAUGAAGUAUGAAAAAUCAUAGUUUGGUGCAUCUUUUCAGAAAACUUUCAGAGAGGAGGGAAAAAAAAGGUUGGGGGUAGACAAAUAGUUUUUUCUUGCUAGAAUGGAGAAUUUUAGCCAACUGAUUUUGUACCUAGCUAUCCUGAGUAACUAAAUAACCUGUUAAAAGAAUCAAAGUGCCAUAAUAUGUAUAAAUAACCUACAUGGAACUCAUGUGGCUCCUUAAAAAAAAUGCAUUAAAUUGCCGAGAUUGUUUUGUUU